AUGUCCAAGCCAAGCACAGAGGUCGAUCCCGCCAAGAAGACGCCGCUCCUCGUUCAGAGAGACCACUCUGAGGACGGAGCGCCCAUCCCCCCCGUCAACCGACUGUCUCAUCGCACGACCACCAGAAAGAGCGCGCACGGCAGCCAUUUGUUCUCCAACUUCGAGACGAUCGACUUUGAGGAGCCAGACGGUGAACUUGUCCGUCGGCACUAUCAGGAGCAAACCGUGACGACCCGGCUCAUCGCCAGUAUCUGCUCCUAUGUGUUGGCUUUCAUCCUCGCCGUAGUAAUCUCGCUGGUCUUUGCCGGUCUGUCGGUCGCCACCGAGAAGAUUGGCGACUGGCGCAUCGAGCUCUACGAGAACCUCUUUGAAGAAAACCAAAAAGUCAAUGCCUUCCUGGUGGCGCUGGGCACAUCACUCCUGUUUGCUGUCAUCCCAUCGAUUUGCAUUAUCAACUUUGCGCCCGACGCCAUCGGCUCCGGCAUGACUCAGGUCAUUGCCUUCCUGAACGGCGCCGCCGUUCUCUCCGGAGUAACAUGGCGAACAGUUCUUGGCAAGUGCAUUGGCGUCGUUGGCCUGGUGUGCUCCGGCCUGUACUCUGGCAUCGACGGUCCCAUGGCCAAGAUCGGCUCCUCGAUUGCCAUCAUCUCGACCGAGGCCAUUCAGUACAUUCCCUUUAUCCGCCGACCCUUCUACGGCGAGCGAGAGUCGCUCAGUAAGAUGGACGACGAAGACAGCACCGAGUCGGUCGGUGCAACCAACCUGUUCAAUGUGCUUGAGCACAAGAAUCUCCGCCUGUUUGCGACCCUGGGUGCCGCCGCCUCGAUCGCGGCCAUCUUCCGUGCCCCUGUCGGCGGCGCCGUCUUUGCCCUCGAGGAGGCCACUAGUUUCUGGGAUCCGCAUCUCAUGACUCGCACAGUCUUCACCACCACCACCGCUUUCAUGGUUGUGUCGGCCGUGCUGCUUGGAAGCGGAGUGAACCUCCUCGACCGCCUGUUCGGAGGCAUUGCGCUCCUGUUUCCGACCGACAUCUCCUGCACCCAGAACUUCAACGGCUUCCAUUUGCUCUCGUUUGUCGUCAUCGCCGUUCUUGCUGCUGGCGCCGGCAUUCUCCACAACUAUUUGCUAUCCUUUGUCCAGCUCGCCCGAAAGCGCACCCUCAUCGACCGCGACAUGAAGCACCCCAGCAUCCUCAACAAGCUUUGGCGCAUCCUGGAGGUUGUCGUCGUUUGCGUCAUCACGAUGCUCUUGGUAGUGCUGGUGCCCAUGGCCUCUGAGCAGGUCGAUACAUGCUCGCCGCUCUUCAACACCGUCAAGCACGCCCUCACUGCCGCGCCCUUUGUGAAUUGCUACAACCAGAUCCAAGACGUCUGUCUGCCGACGGCGCUCGACGAGACCCUGACCGAGAAUGUGCUGCUGUCGUACCAGAUUCUCUACGAUAACCAGUGCAGCUCGCAGAGGACCCUGACGACCCGCUCCGUGUUCCUCUCCAGCCUGUCCGAGGCUGCCAACACCACAACCCCCACUCCCGCCAACGGCACCAGCCCUGCUCCGCCUGCUCCACCUGCCCAGAACAGUACUGUGCGCUACCUCAGCAACGUCGUCUACAGCGGAACGAGCGACUUUCUGCAAAACGGAGUCAACGCCACCUUCUUUGCCGACAUGGGUCUCAAGGUCGAAGUGCUCCCGGCGGGCACCUCGGCGCUCGCCAAGCGCUCUGAAAGCGUCUCGUCCACCAGCACCAGCACCAACGUUCCGAUCAGCGGCGUUUGCUACUGGGAGCUCCGCUCGCUCUUCUGGACAACGCCCGAGAAGCAGCUCAAGCUUCUGCUACUGCGUGGAGUGAACGGCGUCUGGAGCUGGAAGACCCUCGUGAUCUUUGCGCUCCUCUACUGGUUCCUGAGCACCCUGACGUACUACAUUGCGCUCCCGACGGAUGUCGUCGUGCCCAACCUCAUCAUCGGUGCGGCUCUCGGACGCUUGGCCGGUGUAUUUGUCGACUACAUCGGCAGUAAGCUGGGCCUGUUUGUGCAAGAUCCGGGCUUCUACGCCCUGCUGGCCAUGGCCGCCUUCUGGGCCUCGACUUCGCGCCUGGUCCUCACCGUCACGGUAAUUGCGUUCGAACUCACGGGCGACUACGUCGCUGUCCCGGCUCUGAUUCUGGUGACCUGGCUCAGUGCCUGGAUCUCGUCCGGCGGCGUGGGCGAGUCGAUCUACCACACCGAGAUGGAGAACAACGAGGUGCCGUUCCUGCCCCACGAGCCCUACCACCUGUUGCGAACCAAGAAAACCCGAGACAUCAUGACCCGCAAGGUCUGCUGUGUGGAAGAAAACAUGAAGCUGGAUAGCCUGAAUAGGUUUGUGAAUGAGCCGCACCUCGGCUUCCCCGUCGUGCAGUACUACGACAUUGACCGCGACGCCGACGGACACAUCGACUCGGAGAAGCUUCCCAAGCCCAUCGGCUUUGUUCGCCGCGACCGUCUGAGGGCUGCCCGGGAUGCCUUUGUGAACGAAGAGGGCGAUUUGGACCGCCUGAUUUCGCUGCGACCCAUCAUGAACACAUCCCCCUUUGUUGUCAACGAGUCCACAUCGGCAUCCAAGGUAUUCACCAUCUUCCGACAGCUAGGUCUUCGUCAGAUCCUGGUUGUCGACAACGAGGGCUUCAUGGUGGGCCUGGUGACCCGCGAAGACUUGCUGCGGCCCAAGGUCGAGCGAGAAGAGGAAGAGCGCAAGAAGAACCCAGGGCUCAUUGGCAUCAUCGAUGCCCUGCCUGGUGCCGAGGAGCAGCAUCGCAACGAGAGCCGUGCCGAGAGUCGCAGCCAGAGCCGUCCGGUCAGUCCGGCCAGCACCGUCAAGGAUCUCGAUUCGCAUGUCGAGCAGAGAGUUUGA